UUCAUCCAGAGUACUGUGUCUGUCUGAGCAGAGUACUACUACAGGGUACUACUACAGGGUACUACUACAGAGUACUACUACAAGGUACUACUACAGGGUACUUCUACAGAGUACUACUACAGAGUACUACUACAAGGUACUACUACAGGGUACUUCUACAGAGUACUACUACAGAGUACUACUACAGGGUACUACUACAGGGUACUACUACAGAGUACUACUACAGAGUACUACUACAGGGUACUACUACAGAGUACUACUUGUACUGUGCGGAGAACUGCUCCCUCCUUCUUCCCCUCUGACAUCAGAUGGACUCAGUAGCGCCCCCUGGCCUCUCUUUGGUCUCUGUGUUGUCUCUGUUAGCAUGCGGCAUCCAGCUGUUAGCCGCCGUCCUGCUAACACACAGGUACGGUGGGCGGAGCUCUGCAGAAGACAGGUGGGUCCUGCUGUGGCUCUUCUAUGAUGUCAUCGUCCAUCUGACACUGGAAGGUCCGUUUGUCUACAUGUCUGUUGUCGGGACGGUGGAGACGUCUGAAGGUCCACUGGCUGAACUCUGGAAGGAGUACAGUAAAGCUGAUAGCCGUUGGCUGAUUUCCGAUCCCACGAUCGUCUCAAUAGAAAUUAUAACCGUCGUCCUCGACUCUCUACUUGGUUUACUACUGAUACACGCAGUACUGAAGGACAAAUACUACAGACACUUGCUGCAGGUCUCUCUGAGCGUGUGCGAGCUGUAUGGAGGCUGGAUGACGUUCUGUCCUGAUUGGCUGACGGGUUCUCCUCACCUGGACACGUCUAACUGGAUCCACCUGUGGGUCUACCUGGUGUUCUUUAACGGGGUCUGGGUCCUGGUCCCGGUUCUGCUGCUGGUCCAGUCCUGGUUCUCUCUGAAGAGACUCCAUGAACUCAGAUGGGACGAUGACAUAAACAAGAAGAAGUAGAGACGAGGAAUCGUUCAGUGUGAACUGAUCACCGAUCAAUAAAGUUAUUGAUAUCUGAUUAAAGGAGCCUUUGGCCGUUUCUCAAUAUGUGAACUUCUCUGUACUUGUGUCCUCGUGAACUUGUGAAACGUCAUCAAGCGCGGCCCAAGUACUGUUCCAAUACACAAGUUCGCAUCAAGCCAAGUACGGUCCAGAUACCCGGAAGUGUCCUCGCUCCGCCCAUUAUACCGAGGAUGCAUCGGAGUAGACUUGUGUGGACUUUGGACAGCCAAGUAUCCCAGAAUGCAUUUCACCAGCAA